AUGACCACUAAAAAGGGUAAAAAGGGCAGGAGACCUUUCCCUAUUCUUCAUCCCCUAUCUUCUCUCCUCAAACCCGCCUUCCCCACUACUCUACCCGUACAAACCGCCCCGUAUCACGCCGAUCAGCCUUAUGACCGUAUCUCGACUACCCACGGCACCAUCGCCGCUAGGGCUCUCCUAGGCGGCGUCACCCCUCUCGAACUAGCACAGAAUGGCCUAUAUCACAAGCCACUCGGGCUGAAUAGCCGAGCCGUAUGCUGCUUUGCCUAUGGGACGACAACCCCUUUAACCACAUUCUUGCGAGCCCCUAUCGAAAAAUACUAUACUAUACCACGACUUCACACAGAGAAUUGCAUAUGGCAGAUCAUCUAUCGCGAUCUAAAAUCACUUUUUGAACCCGACUCAGUGUCCCAGUCAAUAACUACUUCGACCAAAUCACCACCUAACUACCACUACCUUCCCUCUAACAGGGUACCCCCAAAGACAAUCAUUUCAAACAUCAGCAUACAGUGCCAGGAAUCUCCAGCCGCCGGUCCUACUACUCUUACCAGACUCCUACCACCCCCGCAACCUCGACCGCAACCGCACCCGCACCCGCACCCGCAACCUUUGCAGCAGGCCGGCUCUCCUUACCCUCUCCAAUUGGCACAGACUACUACUUCUCUACCUUAA